AACCAUAAAUUUAUAAUACACAUUUCCCGUAGUCGCCACCAAUGGCCACCCCACCUGUCGCCUUCCUCAAUAGUCAACCAAAUACCACACUUUCCGCAAAUGAAAACCACAGCUCUGGCGAGCAACCUUCAUCCAAGACCCCACUCCAGAGACAGGACAGUCUUCAAAACACCCGUAACUUCUACGGGGUCCAGCCAGACUUACCAUUAGGGGGUUCAGCCCAUCUUCCGUCAUCCAUCGCGUCACGGUUGAGAGGCAAAGUGAUCCGUGCGCAAUCCAGUUCUCACCUAUCAGCUCUCUCCCAGUCUACCUCGCCUUCCUCCGGACCUUUGCCUACUGCUUCACCCCAGAGAUCUUCCAUCCCUUUGCCUACCCCGAGGGGUUUUCUAACUCCUAAAAAGCCAGCGGCCGCCCAAAGAUUAGAGAAAAGUAAGGCUAGACCAUUAAUGCCGGCCGGUGUCUCCAGUGGAGCAAGUACGUUUGAUGCCAAAAUCUCCGGUAACUCUGAAGUAGAGGGCAAUGAUGCUUUACGAGCCCCUUCUCCAAUAGAGCGACAUUCAGCGUUUGACCUUCCUCUCAGUCAGGGAUUACGCACUAACUCCUCUCCUGCUGAAAGGGACUCCCCUCUUCACAGUACGCUUAUGGCCUCGGAAACAGGUUUGACCAUUGCCUCCCAUAAUGUACGCCCAGUAAUUGCUGCCACCUCAUCCUCUCAAGGAGGACGGGACAGAUCCCUGAGACAUAGUCUCACUACAGCCUCAUCUCCACCGAGGGGCGCUCCGAUGGAAUUAUCGUCAGAUAAUCUUGUCCGUCGCGAAGCAGGAGAAAAGCCAAGCUUGACGAAUCUCAAGCGACAGUCUCACUCCAGAACAACUUUCGAACGCAUCCGGCAUCAAAAUAACUCUUCAAAGCCGAAUCGGCAAAGAAAGUACAUGUCCUUUGAAAACCCUCUUUCAACUUUCAUCUUGGGAGGGCAUGUGCUCAUAGGUGGGGACACAUGGUACUCGAUGGGAUUAGUCUUAGCUGUGCUUCUGGGUAUAUCGGGAGUAUGGCUUGGUACUACUGGGGUGUGGAUGUGGCUGCAUGGGACAGAGUACGGUUUGGCAAAGGGAGGCGGGGUAGCAGCCACAAUUAUAUUUGUUUAUCUCUUUGGAAUAACAACAACUUCUUUUGUUGUUACAGCAUUUCGUGACCCAGGAAUCAUUCCUCGCAAGCUAGAUCCAGACCCCCCUAUGGCUCAAGUUGAUGAUUGGUGGGAAGCCUAUCCCAGGGAGCUGACAGUGCAAAAUGGUCGAGUAUCCGUCAAAUACUGCGAGACUUGCGCGACAUAUAGACCGCCCCGAUGUAGCCAUUGUCGAUUAUGCGGCAAUUGCGUAGACGGCAUAGAUCACCAUUGUUCGUAUCUUCACACAUGCGUGGGCAAGCGAAACUACUUUUCUUUUAUUGUCCUUCUCAUUACAACGAGUAUAUCGGACAUUUACAUCGUCAUAUUAUCCGCCAUCCAUUUUUCCCUCUUAUGUCAUCACGAUAAUGUUUCUUUCAAAAGUGCGCUCAGCGAUUCCCCUGGGGCAGCUGUUAGCUUUUUGUUGGGAAUUAUCGCCAUCAUACCGGUCCUGUUCCUGUUGCAGUAUCAUGUCAGGCUAUUGUUGUUCAAUAUUACUACCAUUGAACAGAUCCGGGCCAAUACGUCGAAAUCGUUAUUCGCCAUGCCUAAGCGGCCAGACAAUCCUUUUUCAAGUCCUUCACUUGUAUCAAACGUCCUCCUUGCUUCACUGGCGAGGCCUCAGUUCCCGAGCUGGAUUGAUGCAAGUGGAUGGAAACAGGAAGAUAGGCGCAAAAUUAACCCCGCAUUGAAGGACUGGCGAUUUGGGCGUGAAUGGGCUUAAUACAUGAAUUCAAGCAUUCAUCUAUCUGGUUGCAUCGGUGACUUACUACCUGUAAAGUCAGAUGACGGUAUGUUAUAUAUAUUCAGAUAUAUGAGCA